ACCGCCGGAUACCGCUCCCUCUGUCAUUGAUGACGGUGACGGAGACGCCUCCACCAUUCGCGCUCCUCCUAGGGAGCCUUUCCCCGCCAGAAAUCAUUCGUUCGAAGAAUAUUACAAGGAGCAAGGAAUAGUGCCGCCGGAAGAGUGGGAGACUUUCAUUGAGUAUCUCCGGACUCCUCUUCCUGCUGCUUUCAGAAUCAAUUCCAGUAGCCAGUGCUAUACAGAGAUUAGAUUGAUGUUGGAGGAUGAUUUCAUGAACUCUCUUCUGGCAGAGAUGGGAGUGAAGUAGAGGCAAUCAGACCCUUGCCUUGGUACCCGGACAACCUAGCUUGGCAUUCCAAUUUCUCUCGGAAACAGUUACGAAAGAACAAGACGCUUAAGAGGUUCCAUGAAUUCUUGAAACUGCAAAAUGAAAUUGGAAACAUUACAAGACAGGAAGCUGUUAGCAUGGUGCCUCCACUGUUCCUAGAUGUAUGUCCUGAUCAUUUUGUUAUCGAUAUGUGUGCUGCUCCCGGUUCCAAAACGUUUCAAUUGCUUGAGAUGAUAUCCCACAUGGCUGAACCUGGAUCAUUACCUAGUGGACUGGUAAUAGCAAAUGAUGUUGAUGUGCAAAGUGGGGAUGGCACUUUACGCAAGGCACCUAAUAUUUGGAGUAAAUGGACUGGGGGAAUGGGCAAUGGUCUGCAUGGUCUACAAGUUCAGAUAGCAAUGCAAGGUAUUUCUUUGCUUAAAGUUGGUGGGCGAAUGGUUUAUUCCACCUGUUCAAUGAAUCCUGUUGAGAAUGAAGCUGUAGUUGCUGAGGUUCUGCAUAGGUGCGGACAGUCUGUUGAACUUCUUGACGUCUCCAAUGAGCUUCCUCAUCUUAUUCGCCGCCCAGGUCUUAAGAGAUGGAAGGUUAAAGAUAAAGGAGUGUGGUUGGCUUCUUACAAAGAUGUUCCAGAACAUCGAAGAGGUUCAAUUGUUUCUGGAAUGUUUCCUUCUAGGAAGACCCAUGUGGAUUCAUCUGUGAAUGAAGUGACCAGUACUGAAUUAUGUGAUGAUGGCUGUAACUGGAAUUUAAGAAGUGUGGAAGUCGAACAACCAACUCCCACUAACACCCUGGAAGAGGAAGUGUCCACAUUACCUUUAGAACGCUGUAUGAGGAUAGUGCCUCAUGAUCAGAACACCGGGGCUUUCUUUAUUGCUGUCUUUCACAAGCUUUCAAAUCCGUCAUUUAAUCAUAAAGACCUUGUUGAGAAGUCAACUGCUGAGAUCAAGGAUGCUUCAAAAGGGGUGGAAGCAGAGUCAGCAGAUAUUGGAGGCAUUCAACUUCCUGAAGGGACUAAAGAUGCAGAUUUACUUGAUAAAGAAACAGAUGACGCUGCUUUUUAUAAUAAUUCUGUUAAAACAUCUCAAGAAAAUGAAGCUGAUGAUGAUGUCCACCCCUCUAAUUAUACUAGUGUUAGUCCUCAAAUGGCUGGAAGAAAACGGAAGUUACAAACACAGGGCAAGGGGAGAGGGGUUGACCCAGUUAUCUUUUACAGGGAAAAUGAAGUUACUAAUAAGAUUCGAGAUUUCUAUGGCAUAAAAGAAACCUUUCCCUUUGAUGGGCAUCUCAUUACCAGAAACAGUGAUGUUAACAAUGUGAAGCGAAUCUACUACGUAUCCAAGUCUGUGAAGGAGGUUCUUGAACUCAAUUUUCUUGCCAGCCAGCAGCUUAAGAUAGCUUCAGUUGGUCUGAAGAUGUUUGAACGACAAAAAUCUAAAGACGGUGCAUCUGCACCAUGCGCAUUUUGCUUUUCAUCUGAAGGAGUGCCACUUCUAUUGCCACACAUAACAAAACAAGUUCUGUACACAUCUCUAGUAGACCUCAAACAUCUAUUGCAGUACAAAAACAUCAAAUUUACCGAUUUUGUUGAUUCAAACACUGGAGAAAAGGCUUCAAACCUAUUGUUGGGUUGCUGUGUGGUGGUUUUAGACAAUAAAGAUCAGAAGACUGCAAUUGCAUGCUGGAGAGGGAGGACUAGCAUAUCUGUGAUGGCCUCUUCGCUCGACUGUCAAGAACUAUUAGAAAGGAUGUCUAAGUACACAGUAGCAGAUAAGAUGCCAUCUUUACAUGGAAACACCCAAUCUUUUGUUGAGGCAGAAGAUCAGACAAGAGAUGCUCCUGAAAGUGCAGAAAAUUCUGAAAUCCCCAUUGUUUAGGGGACAAAACUGUAUGAAUACAAUCCUGAAUUGAUC